GUUUUUGAACAAUUUGAUAGUGAGUUUGUUUUUACUUAUCAACAGACCGCUCAUGUGCGUUGCAUAUAAUCCGCCGUAUACGAUUUCUGCGCAAAAAUGUCUAUCGGAGGGGGCUACAACUAUUCAUAUAUAUUUAAAUAUAUAAUUGUUGGUGAUAUGGGGGUAGGAAAAAGUUGUUUAAUGCACCAGUUCACUGAAAAAAAGUUUAUUCCGGAUUGCCCACAUACUAUUGGUGUUGAGUUCUCCACAAAAAUCAUUGAAGUAAAUGACCAGAAAGUUAAGAUCCAGAUAUGGGAUACAGCUGGCCAAGAACGUUUCAGGGCAGUAACACGAUCGUACUAUCGAGGAGCUUCCGGGGCUUUACUAGUUUACGACAUCACACGGAAGCCAACCUUCAACCGGAUUCAAACGUGGUUAACAGAUGCUAGGCGACUGACUUCCCCCAAUACCGUUAUCUUUCUUAUUGGCAAUAAGGCUGACCUCGAAGAGCAACGUGAUGUUACUUAUGAAGAGGCUAAACAACUGGCAGAUGAAAAUGGUCUUUUGUUUCUAGAGUGUAGCGCUAAAUCUGGUGCUAACGUAGAAAAUGUAUUCACCGAAACAGCUCGAAAAAUAUUCCAGAACGUCCAGGAUGGAAGUGUAUAUCUAAACAGUGUUGAUGGAGGUGUAAUAAGUAAAGGUUCAUUAACGCCAGGUACUGGACGGAAUAGUGUAGAACUUGGCAAUUCAGCUUCAACUAAUGAUGGAACUCGUCAAAGUGGGUGUGCUUGUUAAAAACAGAAUUCAUAUAUGAAACAAAAAUAAACACAAUAAAGAAAAUCCUGUUACAUUAUAGGAAUUUAUCUUUCCCGUGAUCACGAUUUUUCAUUUUAUUUUGUUCCAGAAUAAAAGUCAUUUUUCAUACUUAGCAUCAUCAUUAUCGUCAUGGUAAUUCAUAAUCGUCAUUUUCAAUAAUUAUUAUUGGCUUUUUCUUUGCAGUUCAAGUGAAUUUAUACAUAUUUUAAAAAUUAUCGGGUUUCAGACACUAUGCAUAUAUGUUGUUCACUGAUAAAGUCACUUUUUCUAGUUAAUAUCUUUCUUUAUGAGAAUAGUUUAAUUUGUACAUUUGAUCACCUUUUUUUAAUUUUCUGACCAAUAAUGUGCUUUAUAUUUUAUCACUGACGCUCUUCUCACCCUCUAUGUGUGUUUGUCAAUGUAUUUGUGUUCCACACUAUAUUGGAUCAUUGAUGUUGUUAAGUUGACAUAACAUGGCCGUCUACCUGUUUCGUUCGAUGUUGUCAUUAUUUAGUUUAUUUAAGAAAGACAUUAUUUUUAUCUUACUUCUCUCUUUACCAUUCUACUUGAUGUAAUUCAAUAACGUAAGCAUGAUUUUCUGUGUUGGCCAUAAGUUAUGUGCAAACACUAAAUUUUGUACAGAUGUCUUAACCGGAGCAAAUAUUACAUAUUACUGUGUAUGUAUUUGUGUGAUCUUCUGUAUGCGGUUGUAAAAAGAUGUAACUCUUUUCACUUUAAAUUGAGUCAAUAAUGGAAAAAAAAGCAUUCCUCCUUUAUGCAGGUUUCCUCUUCUUUUCAAUAAUAAGACGAAUCAUGAGGUUAUAUAAUUUUGUUUAAGUAUGUUCUUUCUUAAUAGCUAUAUAUAUUCUAACGAUAAUUUCCUCGCACCGUUUAUUUCUUUUAUAAAGCUACUAUGUGAUACUUUUUCCACGGUACAAUGCAUAAAAGCACAAAUCUAUUUCUUAUCGGGUAAAUUGAUUGAUGGUUAAUAAUAUUUUCUAAAGAUUGAAUAUUUUACAAGCUUUUUCUUUCUUCAAUAUGGAUUGUUUCUACAACACAACUCAUAUGUUUCUUCAAAUUUCUUUCUGUUCAUUUUGUAUUUGUUCUUGAAAACUGUUUUGUAUUCUCUCGUUUUUCUUUUCCAAAAACAAUCUCUCCAUUUGCUUGCUCAUCUGUUUAAAUCUCAUUUUUAUUUUAUUCCUUAAUCAUGUUUUCGGUUUUUUCUUGUUGUUUGUCGAUAAUUAAAUUGUGUACUGAUUGAUAACGAUAAUAAUAAUCGAAACACCUAUGUAACUGCAAAUACCUUCACUUAUUUAUUUAUUAUACAUUUAUCGUUGGAGAGUUGUUUCUUCUUCCUUCUAACAAAUGAAUAGGCAACAUUGCCAACACUUAAUUAUUUUGAAUGUUAUUUCAAGAGGUAUAUGUCUUUUUACGGUCCACGCUUACCUAAUGUACUAUCACUGCUAAAAUAUAGCAUAUACCAUAUCAUAUAGCAUUGUACCAACGAAGUUAAAACGUUUGGUAGUUAAGUCAUUGUAGUGAUUGUUUAUUUAUCGUUUCUAUGAUGGUAUUGUCAUUCAGUCGGUUUUAGAUCCUUUAUUGAUUUUACAUCUUUUUGAUAAGCAUGGAUGUAAAUGGUGAGCAUAUCUACGCAUUGUGAUCUACUUAACGAACUUAUGUUGGUACUAGGUGAAUAACAUUUUGAAUAUUAAAAGGUUCUUGUUUUGCCUCAGUGACAGGUAUUCUUCCAAGUUUUGCAUACUUAUUAAUUUGUGAAAUCAGCAAUUUAAAUUCAAAUAGCUCUUUCUAAAAAAAAUAAUUCAUAAGGUGAUUAUUGUUUCCAAUUUUAGCUGUAAUGUUGUUAUUUCUGCUCAUCGGAUAAAGGCUUAUUUUGAUAGUAUAUUUUAGUGAUCAUGCUUGUAUUAAAUUACUUACGUAAUUGAGUUACAAACUUUUUAGCCUGUUGUUCACAAUAUCAAUUUUGUGUAUGGUGUACGCAAGCAUGCAAAAGCAUGUUUCUUUAAAUGCCAUGAACAGAAAUAAACGUACAUAAGAGCAGAUUUCACAUUGGUCACUGUCUAAGCGAUUCGUAUUGAUUUUACUGUCGUCCAAAAUAACGAAAUAUACAUAGAACAAGCUAAUUUAUACCAUAGGUAUGAUCGAUAUGACUUGCCAAAAAUAGCAAAAAUUGGUGAACAAUGUUAAUGAUGUUCAGUAAUUCAUUAAUAAUGUAUAGGUUUGUGGGGAUCGGUGUAUGUUAUUCUGAUCACAAGCCGACCUAAGUUGGCUAACCAUUGGAAGCGAUAGAUAUCUACUUCGUCCUAGUAUACAACACCCCAGUAACGGUUAUUCAAGACUCCACUGGGGAUCGAACCCAGGGCCUUCAUGUUUUGCUCUUAGGGCCUAACCUUUAGACUACUGAAUCGGCACCCACUGGUUUACAUGUCUAACUUCAAUCAAUUCACAACAUUCCCCAACUACUUUUCAUUGUUUUCGAUGGGUAACUACUUCACAUACGACAGGGUUGGGCUCCACUUGUUAAGAUUUUGCUCGAGAUUCGAGGUUACAUUCUGGUUGUGAUGGCUAUUUGUCUUCAAGUACCUAAUUAUCUAAAAAUUCUAGACACUUCCUUUAUUUAGCUGGUUGAAUUGAAAUUCAUACUGACAACGUAGAUACUCUUAAGAAAAAAUCACAGAUACAUUGUUUAGAAGCUUUAUGUUUCACUGUCUAAUUUAAACUAAUGAUUUUAGUAUUGAUUUAAGUUUUCUGAAAAGAAUUCACCAAUCUGAAAUUCAUGUCCUGAAAGUUAUCAUGUUCUCACUAAUAACUGAUUUCCAAAGCUGAUUUUCGGAGUUAUUUUGGGAAGUCAUGACUCAACUGAGUCAAGUCAUGAUCUCAUCAAGGUUCAUUUACACUUUCGCUUUCUAUGAAAUGCUAAUGAGAAUCGUGGUUACCUUGUAAUCUGUGAUCACUCCGUCACAAAAAAUGUCAACAAAAAGAAGAAAAGUAAGUUGAACCGUCUUUCACAGUUACUUUGAAUUUGCUUAAUUAAUCCAAAUGAAAGAUCAACAUAAGCCUGUGUUUCUUAACAAAGUGUAAGAAAUCACAGGUUAUCUAAAGUGAAAGAAACCAAUUAACUCUGAUAUAUUAAUCUCCGAGCUCUUUAUAUAUGAUGGUCCAGUUUUAGUAGCUAAAUCGCCUAAGAUAUUAGCCAGAAUCUGGUAAAUUGGACAUAAUCCCAUUUGACUAGUUUUGAUUUUUGAUCAUUUCAGCUUAUAAGAGAAAAAGUUGAUGUUCACUGUCAUGUGACCUGGAUUUCUUUUCAUUAAAACUGAGAAAAGAAAAGAAAAUACUGUAUAAAUAUAAAAUAGUAGACUUCGUCUUUUAUAGAACAACUACAUAAUAGUGAUGUUGUAAGAAUUGGGUUUUAUUUAUCACAAUGGUUCCAAAUUUCAUUUUACCCAGUUAAUUUGUCAAUGUAUCAACUAUCUUAAAUCAUCUAAAAUCAAUUCUAAAUUUAAUCAUAUGACUUUUAAUUGUUUUUAUUUGUCAAUUCAAGUUCAUACCAUUAAUAACCAUGAAUAAAAAAAAUAAACAAUGCUUUGUCAAAUAUAAUGUGACAUUUCAUAGUUAAUAAGUUUUAUUAAGAUCUACAUAUUGUGUAAAUCAUAUCCUAUUUGACAUAAGUUUUCAUUGUGAAUAUGCCUCUGAAAAAUCAAUAAUAAAUGUUACCAACAGAGUUAAGUUAUGAGUGAAAUUGAUAUUGCCAAUAUUAUAGACGUAAGAUCUUGUAAAUUGGCAGAAGUUAAUUCAAUAAAUCAAUGGAUUUCAAAUCAAUGAUUUUAAGGUAUCAUUUUGAUUGUGAAAUUUGAUGACCCUGAGUUUGAGUAUAUGUUAAAGGAAAUGUGAAUGAAUAAUAUUGAAAGUUCUGAACAAGAAAAGAAAAAAACCAGUCAAACAAUUUCUAAUAAACACAGGAAAUAAUUUUAGAUUGAUUUAAAAGUGAAUGUAAUUGAGAUAACCUGAAUAGGUCCAAUCAAUAUGAUAAUCUACAUUAAAGAAUAAAAAGGUGAAAAAAUUUUCAUGAAACUUGCUAAAUAAACAAAAUUGAACUUUUUAUGUAUUACUUCCCGAUCGUUGUUGCUAUCUUGAUGUGGUGAACGGGCCUGCCUAUCGUGAUGAAGCAAGCGAGCUAUACUGGCUGGGACAACCGUUCCUCAAGGUCCUACCAUGUCAGACAGGUCGGUUGAAGAGCGGUAAGACUAAAAGCAACAAACCCAAGGUCCGAAGAUGAAGUCGUACUGCUGACUGUACAGAGGCAUGACAGCAGUAAGGUGUUUCCUUCAGACAACCAGCAUGAGAGCGAUGCUGCCUUCCCACAAGGAGGGGUGGGGUUAGAAAAGGUCGACCCUAAAAAUGCACACCUCGCCUUAUCCCACGGAUAUCCGUCUCCGGCGGUAAGAUCUCAACAAGUACGGAGCUAACACGAAAAUCACCCAUAAAAAGGUCGUGUGUCAUUGACCUCAAGCAGUUGUCCCUUGGGCACUGUGGUCACGCUCUCAGGUCACUAAGGCCACUCCUAAUUCAAUUUCCUUUUCAGGUACCUCCAGAAGAACCCUUCCACGGUGUGGGCAACCAGGAAGUGAUAACCGCCCUCAUACCUCUAACAGCACUCAAGAUCACUGACUUAUGUCUUACUAUAGUAUGAAUGAAAACAAACAAUACACUGGAAAUUGUGAUCAUUAACCCUGACAUGUGAUAAAAUAGGAUAAGAAUUAGAACUUAUAGUUAGGCAUUAAUUAUACUGCAGAAUAAAUGACCUAUAAUUGACAUAUCCUCUAAUCGUUUAUUUGUCAAAUGACUUCCUUUCAUUCUUAUUCUUGUGUUCAGUAUUUUGCAUUUGAGUUUAAUAUUUUAUUAAAUCUUCAAGAACGUUUAAAUCUGGCUGUUAAUUUUUCUUUAAUAUCACUUCAGUUGGAGGCUUGCGUCAAUAAUUCGGUCACAUGAACAGUUAUCACUCGGUUAAAUAAUGUCAUUUCAUAUCAUCUACCGAUCAGCAUUAUUUUUUCUCACAUUUUAAUAAUCUAAAAUUCGUUAGUCAGUUUAUGAAACUCUGAAUCAUAACAACAUUUUUAUCUCAGUUAUCCGGUCGAUACAGAGUAAAGUUGAACUGGACUAUGCAAGAAAACUUCUAUUUCACUCGAUAGACCUUCUUUGGUUUGGGCAUCCUGGCAAUAUCCCAGCCCACUCACAAAUCAAGUGAUGAUUAUUACCGGAAAAGUUAUUCUUGCUUCAGCUCGCAUUCAGACAAAUUACAUUCAUAAUCGUUUGGUAACAUUCGUUUUCAUCUCUUUUAUACUACGUCACUUAUCUAAUACCCUUUAUUCUCAUUUUGAGUAUUUUAUUUUUCAACUUAUUCGGCGACUUGCCUAUGGUGGGAAUCCUGUCUUAUCUAAAAGACAUCAAGUCACCGACUGGUAGAAAGUUGAAUACUACCGCUGACUAUGAAUACUAAACCAGUCUUCCUGAAACUAAUUAUGCCAUUCAAACUGGCCUCCAUCAACGUUCGCACACUAAUGCAGACCGGACAACAGAUAGGGUAGUACCAGCCGGAGACAUGAAUGCUCAGGUGGGGCGUCUAGGCACAAAAGUGGGUCGUUUAGGUGGCCUAUAGGGACUUGUUGGUCACAGGUCAGAAAAUGGCGGAACGCUGAACCUUUACUCUCCAUGGGUAGUGAGCAGAUAGCAGUGGUCGAGUUCAUGUAUCGGGGUAGCUGAGUAAGUGCUGAUGGUGGCGUGAGUGAUAAGAUCAAUUCACGUAUAAUGAAAGCCAGAGCGGCUUAUGCCAAUCUGGGCCAUCUUUGGCGCCUUCGUGAUGUUAGUCUGGCUGUAAAAGGUCGGAUCUACGACGAGUCGGUGAGAGUAGUUUUGCUCUAUGCUUGUGAAACCUGGCC